AUGCCCAAGAGGAAGCGAGAUGCUCUUAGUCAUGGAGCUGCUCUCCUAAGCAUGAGGGGGAUCACGCUUUCCUCCCUCUGCUUGCUGAUGCACCUGCUUCAGGAUGAGAUAACCACGAUUGUCGUGCUGGAAAACCCAGACCUGCAAGCUUCCAUUAAGCCACAGAAGGUAGAGUUUCGGUCCUUCAACCUCAACAGCACUUUGCAUUGGCAGCCGGGGAGGGCUGGAGAGGCAAGAGACACCCUCUACUUCGUGCAGUAUAAAGUGUACGGGCAGAGCACAUGGCAGAACAAAGACGACUGCUGGGGGAUUCAAAGCCACGUCUGUGACCUAACGAGUGAGACCUCUGAUGUCCAAGAGCCUUACUACGGCAGAGUGAAAGCCGCCUCAGCUGGUGUCUAUUCCGACUGGAGCCUCAGCUGCAGAUUCACUCCCUGGCGAGAAACUGUGAUAGGACCUCCGAUGGUAACUGUGCUUCAUAGCAACAAAUCCAUAAUACUAAAGCUCCAGCCUCCACGUUCUCCAUAUAAAAGGAGGAAAGGCAGCAACAUACCAAUGACAAAUUAUUAUGAUCUGCUAUAUCAAGUCUUCAUCAUUAACAACUUGCUAGACGAGCGACACAGAGUCCUGGUCUACGAAGGAAAAGACAAGGUUAUUAAAAUAGAAGACUUGAGGCCGGGGGUCAGCUACUGCAUCGUGGCCAAAACCUACGUGCCGAGGCUGGACCGCAGCAGUGCCUACAGCAGCCGGCAGUGCACCGUGCUGCAGUGACAGGGCUGGUACCUCUGCCAAGGGUUACAGGAAUAAUGGCAGAAGAUGCCUCUCAUCACAGAUCCAGCUAUAAAUCAAAAUAUGUGGUCUAUGUCUGGAAUACAUACUUCGAUGCUUUUUAAAUUAAACUUUGCUGCACUCAA